AUGCUAAAGGGUGCCUCUGGCUCUGCUCCUACGGAUUUAUUCCGCAAAUGCCAAGUAGCAGAUACAUGGUACAACCUACGCAACCAGCCUCCACCAAAAUCGUUAUCGGCCCUCGACCGCUGGAUCCUGAAAUGGCACGUUUGCUACUGGGAGGCAAAGCAGGUCGGAUUGGUAGAGUUCGAGAAUAAGGAACAAAUCACCAUCGACUUCCUCCACGCCAUCGCUCCUGUUUCCCCAGCGUUCUACGCGUUUUGGAUCAUGAUGGCCCGCUAUGUGUCUGACAAGACCCUCCCUGAGUUCCCUGCACUUCUAAAUCUCUACGUUGAGCAAGUUCGCGCCACUACACCCCGGAAAUAUGCCACGAAUGCGCAUGCCACCACCUUCCAGGGCCGCGAUGCCGGGGGGGAUCAUUCCUUCUCGGAAUGCCCCUACGUCAACCCUGCUGUCAGGUCGGCUGGGUGGGAAGCCGACAAGGAGGCAAACAGUCGAUUUAAACGGGCAGCGAAGUCGCCCAAGUUUAAUGCAUCAUACACAAGGCUCUGA